AUGGUCCGGUUCCGGUUCAGCAAGGGUUUGAACCGAGAACCGGACCCAAAAAAUGUCAAACUUCAUAUACAAUCCGGUUCAUCUUCUCGCGCCCUGAACGCGAUCCUACCGCUUGUUGCGUCUGGGCAGCCCUACGAAGCGCACCAGAAAACACGCACCUUCACUUCACGGUACAGCAAGUCUGGACAGUACGACACUGCCAUCGACGUGCUCUUCCAGAGUGCGAGAGAACUCCUGAAAGUUAGCCAGCAUUGUCCCGCAGGUGACCAAGACCUGCAUCACUAUAUCGGAGAGCUCUUAUAUAAAGAUGGGGCUUUCGAUGCGGCAGAACCUCACUUCCUUGCGUCAGGAAAAAGGGAUAGCGCACGUUCACUAGCGAACAUGAUGAUAGAAUGGUCAGCAGCGGGCGGAGCUCUAGGGAACUUUGCCCUUCGAGGUACACUUCUAUAUCUACAAAAUGGCAACAUCGUCGGAGCUCGCACAUUCAUUUCGCAGUUCAUUGCACAACCUGUGCUCAACUUCUGUCAGCUUGCUGUCUUGACAUGUCAACGUGCAAAUGGGGAGAAGAAUAAAGUGAUGCACGAGAGCUGGGUGAGGCUUUGUGGAACAUAUCAAUCUAAAGGUGGCGUCUUAGCGACCAGGGAGACACUACAGGAGAUAGCAACGUUGUACUUUGCAAUUCCUCCGCCACGCACUCAGCCUGAUAAUCCGUUGGGAGCUAUGAUUUCCUCUAUGCUGGGCGACUCGCUCACCCAUCCCUCGUUGACAAUCGGUUCGAGAAUUCUGCAAGUCCUCGAACCGUGGACUGGACCGACGGUUCGGUUCCCCCUAUUGCCCGAACUUUGA